AUGGCAUCCUCCAAGAAAGUGAUCCUGUCCAUGCUCAGCCGCGCAGAGCAGUCGGAAGGGUUUGGAGCCAGGGUCCGCCGAAGCAUUAGCAGACCCGAGUUGAAAAAUCUGGAUCCAUUUUUACUGUUUGAUGAAUUUAAAGGAGGUAGACCAGGCGGAUUUCCUGAUCACCCACAUCGAGGUUUUGAGGCAGUGUCUUACCUCCUGGAGGGCGGCAGCAUGGCCCAUGAAGACUUCUGUGAACAUGCUGGUCAGAUGAACCCAGGAGACCUGCAGCUGAAGAGUAAAGAAAUCCCCAAAGCCAGGCAGGAUGGUGUGACGGUUGCCGUCCUUUCUGGAGAAGCUCUGGGAGUAGAGUCCAAGAUUUACACUCACACACCAACCUUAUAUUUGGACUUCAAACUGGACGCUGGAGCCAAGCACUGCCAGCCUAUUCCUAAAGGAUGGACCAGUAUCGCGUAUACUAUCUUGUGGGUAAUGUAUUUGGGACCUGAGGAUGCACAACAGAAAAUAGCACCUCAUCACACAGCAGUGCUGGGGGAAGGUGACAAUGUCCAGGUGGAGAACAAGGACCCUGAGAGAAGCCACUUUGUUCUAAUUGCUGGGGAGCCACUAAGAGAACCAGUUGUCCAACAUGGUCCAUUUGUGAUGAACACCAAUGAAGAGAUUUCUCAGGCCAUUCUUGAUUUUAGAAAUGCAAAAAAUGGGUUUGAAAGAGCCAAAACCUGGAAAUCAAAGAUUGGAAACCAGUGAAGAGCCCAGGAGCAGAUCUCCGUGCUUUCUAGAAUUUUGCCAGUGGUGGCAUCCGUCCGUUCAGCACAUUGGAGUUUCCAGAGUUGACUGAGCCUAUGCUUCUAAUGAAUUCUACCCUGAAGUGAUAACACAGUUUUUAUAGCAACGCACAUGAGUAUUUCCUGCUACAUGCAAAUAAACCUAAUUGUUGCUUCUUUAAA